AAUUGCUACCUCAGUGCUGACUCCACUUCAGACGCAGAUGUUUAUGGCUCCAGGCGUAGGUGUCAGGGAGACAUGCCCGUGGGGCAAUUAGACAGCCCACACUGCCCUACCCGAGGGGUGUUUGUUAAAGCAGACACACUCGUCGUCCUGAGCAUUCCUCUGUCCCGAACUCCCUUACCGUGCUGGCCAAUCACAACGGCCCUUGGAUCCUCCCCUUCCCAGAUAAAGAGAGGGCCGGGGGAACUGGCAGCUCCAUCUGCGGCAAGUCUCCUCCAGCACCUCCCGUAGCCCGCGUUGAAUCCGGCAUCGUCAUGUCAACCAGGGCUGUGAAGAGCACCAGCUACUCCGUGAGGUCGUCCUCUUCGGGCUUCCCUCAGAACUUCAGCAGCAGCUCCUACUCCGGCGGCUAUGGGAGCGGAGGCCGGCAGAGCCACAGCACACGUAGCUCCUAUGGGGGUGUAGCAGCAGGUGGCUACAGGGUAGCUGGGGGCUCCGAGUUUGGUUAUGGAGGAAUGGGGGCCGGGAAGAUGAUCUGUACCGGGCCUCCUCAAAUCAUGGCAGUACAGGUGAACAAGAGUCUGCUGGCCCCCCUGAACCUGGAGAUCGACCCCAACAUCCAGGUGGUCCGCACCCACGAGAAGGAGCAGAUCAAGACCCUCAACAACCGCUUCGCCUCCUUCAUCGACAAGGUGCGCUUCCUGGAGCAGCAGAACAAGAUGCUGGAGACCAAGUGGAGCCUCCUGCAGGAUCAGACCACCACCCGCUCCAACAUCGACGCCAUGUUCGAGGCCUACAUCUCCAACCUGCGCAGACAGCUUGACGGCCUGGGCAACGACCAGAUGAGGCUGGAGGCGGACCUGCACAACAUGAAGGGGAUCGUUGAGGACUUCAAGACCAAGUAUGAGGAUGAGAUUCACAAGCGUAACGAGUCUGAAAACAAUUUUGUUAUUCUGAAGAAGGAUGCAGAUGCUGCUUACAUGAUCAAGAUGGAGCUGGAGCCCAAGCUGGAUGGUCUCAAUGACGAGAUCCAGUUCCUCAGGAGUCUCUUUGAUCUGGAACUGCGUGAGCUGCAGGGCCAGAUCAAGGACACCUCUGUCGUGGUGGAGAUGGACAACAGCCGUAACCUGGACAUGGACUCCAUCGUGGCUGAAGUUCGUGCCCAGUAUGAAGACAUCGCCAACCGCAGCAGAGCUGAGGCCGAGUCCUGGUACACACAGAAAUAUGAACAGAUGCAGGUGUCAGCCAACAAGUAUGGGGACGACGUGAAAAACACCAAGGCAGAGAUUGCGGAUAUAAACCGCAAAAUCCUGAGAUAUCAGUCUGAAAUUGACAUGAUUAAGGGUCAGCGUGCCCACUUGGAGAACCAGAUCGCCGAGGCAGAGGACCGCGGAGAACUGGCGGUCAAGGACGCCAAGUUACGCAUCAAGGACCUGGAAAAUGCCCUCCAGAGAGCCAAGCAGGACAUGACCAUGCAAGUUCGCCAGUACCAGGAGCUGAUGAACGUCAAGCUGGCCCUGGACAUUGAGAUCGCCACCUACAGGAAGCUUCUGGAAGGAGAGGAGAGCAGGAUGGUGACUGGAAUAAAAUCCAUCAACAUCUCCAAACAGUCUUCUUCCUUGAACUACCACUCUUACCCCAUGGAGAGCAACCGCCCCUCCAGCUAUGUCAGCAGCUCAGUGGGCGGGUACAAGGGCGUCCAUGACAACAGCCGUGUCUCCAGCGGCUUUGAUCUGCCUGGAGGCACCAGCGGUAUCCAGGUCUGUACCAGCAGUGACGCGGAUGCCAGCGUCACCCUGGGAGCUGGCAACGGGACAAGCAGAGACACGGAUGUCAGCGUCACCCUGGGAGCUGGCAACGGGACAAGCAGAGACACGGAUGCCAGCGUCACCCUGGGAGCUGGCAACGGGACAAGCAGAGACACGGAUGCCAGCGUCACCCUGGGAGCUGGCAACGGGACAAGCAGAGAGGUGGAUGUCAGUGUCACAGUCAACAGCAGUUCCGUCACUGUCUGCAAAACCCAGACCACCGUGGUCACGUCCCUGGAAGGCGAGGUGAUCUCGGAAGUGGCUUCCCAAGCAGUCGCCGAGCAAGCCGAGGAACAAGCAGCCACAACCGGCGAAUGAUCAGACAUUUAUUAUUACUACUUCUCCACCUUUCACUCAUACUGUUUCACUUUUCCAGCCAGGUUAUUGGUGUAUUUACCUGCAGAACGUAACGGUGAAACAUCAAACAAGCUAAUUAUAUCCAACUAGUAUCCAAGGCAUGCUAACUGUUAAUUCCUUCCCAUUUUAAAUGUCGCUUAGCGCUUAGCGUGUGAAGUGGUAAAUAUGAAGGGGCCAGGCAUUUCUGAAAGGUUCCUGAAAGUUGAUCUUAAGUGACAAUUCGUACUAAUAAUAUUUUUGGCUGUCGAUGUGUAUUGUCAUACAUUGCUGAUGGACUGCAAUCCAUCCAAUUUUGUCGGUGCUCAGUUCACACAUAAGUCACCAGCAGGUGUCAGUGUGGCACACUUAUCUUUCUCUGCUUUCUCUGGGACCCAUUAAAGCACUUGGAGAAGAAACUCUUAUUGUA